AUGAUAUCCCCGCAGCCGACGAUGCAGCAGCAACAGCAGUCACUCCCGCCGCCGGCGCCCAACGGCAUGCAUGAACAAUCCCCGUCGCCGUCAAUAAGACAGCAGCACAUGGCUGCCCCGUGGUCUUCAACAUCUUCACUUUCUAGCAGCUUCACUCUCCCGGACAGGAACGUGACGGCUGAGACCAUCGAAGAUGCCUAUACUCAAUUCGUCAUGUCCUGUAAUCCAGCGGUCCCGCCCGACACCGACACGGCGGCGCUGCGGGAAGCGUUCCGGGUCCCGCCCAAGAGCGGCGGGAAGAGCUUCAGCACUUUUACGCUCUUUGCGCUCAUCAAGCAGCUGGAGACGAAGGAGAUCAAGACAUGGGCUGAGUUGGCUCUCAAGUUGGGCGUCGAACCCCCUGAUCAGGAAAAGGGCCAGAGUUCUCAGAAAAUACAGCAAUAUGCCGUCCGGCUCAAGCGUUGGAUGCACUCUAUGCAUGUGGAUGCGUUCUUCGAGUACCUGAUGGAUCACCCUCAUCCUUACUGGACAGAGAUCCCAAAUGGCUCAACUCCAGUAUGUGAAGCGGGGAGGGAUGGUGUGCUGGCAGAGGACGACAUGGCUCUUCGAGCUCUCUUACCGCAGAUUCGGCCCAGGCGGGGGAGGAAAAGGCCGGACGACGACGACUACGCCAAGUCCCCGUCACAACGAGCGAGGUUGAACUCGCCGCCGGCCGGAACGGGUUACACCUCAGCCCGGGCAGAGACUCUGGGUCCGUGGUCCGCUCAUCCCGAUGGACGGGCCACAUUCGGCUGCUCUGAUCCUUUGAAGUUGAGCGCUAACACAGGAUCGGUGACGGGAUGGCCUACGGCCGCGGACACGGCGCAGACGCCGCUCACAGCAUAUCCUCAGGGGCCCAUGUCAGCGCUUACGCCGUCAACGCGCAAUGGUGGAUUUUGGGGUGACUCGGAGCCGAGAUCAGCCAUCACUCCCUCACGACCCAAAGCAUCUCAUCGUCGGCAUGGUGCCAAAGUCGUGUCUUCUGCGUGGAGGAGCGGUGGCCCGGGAGGCAGCGGCAAGACUCGCGGUAGGCCGCCGAUGAAUAAAGCAAACGUCGAAGGACCUUUUGUGGCUUUUACUGCCGAAGAGCCGGCUUAUAAGCGGCCAAGUCCUGAGAGCAAGAUCGAGCCAGGCCCGAUCACGCCCCCGGCGCCGAUAUCUCAGAGCGCACCACCGCCAGUCGCGGUCCCAGACCUACCUCAGCCGUCGCACAUGCCACGGCCGGCCAAGCCGAGUAUUUCACUACAAGUGCCGGAACGCCACGGAGGAUCUGUUCGUCUCGCGACGCCGCCUCCACCGAUCGUGAUGGUCAACGGGGGCCCUCCACGCGAAGUACCCGACACAACAAACUGGAGAACCACAGCACCACCAGUGGAACUACCACCGGGCCACCACGCGAGCGUUCCUGGUGCUAUACCAUCAGUGGACUUGCCGGCAGAUCCAUCGCCCGACGCCAGAGGCAGCGGCAUACCAUCGCAACCAAACGAUAUCCCUAUCGGUAUGUUCGAGAAUAUGAAGGACCGGACCAAUGUCGACGCCGUCCUCGGCUACUUUGCCCAUGAGACGGCUAAUGGCGACUGGGUCGACGCGAACAACAACCCGAUCGAGAACUGCAGUAUCGCGGAAGCCUACGCGCUCGUCCACACGACAGUGGAGAGGAUGUGGCAGACGGCGCCGAACCAGGACACGUUCCUUAUCAACCUUGCCGCGUUGGCCGGCGGCAGGGCCCUCAUGACGACGAGCAAGCUGCGGGUCAAGAGGGAGGAGGAGUACGAGGACCGCGCGACGUACAACUGCAGCUGGGAGUUUCGACUGGGCACGAUCCGCGGCAACUACAACAUGGUACAGACGGUUAUGUACAGCAGGUGGCAGAAGCCCGAGGAGAAGCCGGAGAAGCCCAACAUGAAGGGCACGUCCGGUGCCGAGUCGGAGUGGGAGAGGAAGUACAGGGACCUCCUGGCUCUGUCGGAGAAGAGGGACAAGGAGAUUCAGGCCAUGCGGGCCGGGCUUACGGCGAAGCUCAACGAGACGUUUUUGGAAGCCAAAGAUCUCAUGAACAAGUGA